AUGGAGAAGAUAUGGAGAAAUAAGUCACAUGAAGGUUGUCCAGAUUUUUACAAUCUUUCAGUAUGCCGAGAUCCAAAGCAGAAUCGUUGUAGUUGUUACGAUGGUCCAAAGAUUGUUCUGUUUCUACUAGUCUGCACACUUCCAGACGUUUCAACACCUUUAAAUCAACAUGACGAAGCAGCUGCAUCAGUUGAUCUUGUCCAUGUAAUGAAAUCGCCAGAGAUUCAACUUGAAAUAAAAGCCCCAAGGUCAAACAUGACUCAUUUCCAAUUGAAAAUCCUUAAAAGUUCGUUCCACCAAUAUGUCUCUGUUCAACAUCUUCUCCUGCUGCCUUCCCUCACGACCGAAAUAUCACAAAUGGCAGUGGAACCAGAAGGUUUUUCUAUUGGAUAUGCCGGAUGUAGUUACGAUAGAAAUAUUGAAAAACCUAGACUUCGAGACUAUCCCAAAGCUUCGAAAAGUGUGCCAUUCGACUACAUUGAUUGUGUAAAACCAGACAGUAACUCGAAAUCGAUCGACCUAAGGGUCAUAGGGGAUUUCAUUAUUAUAUUCACAACAAUAUCUUCAACACCCUCAUCAACGAAUUAUUCAUUCGAUUCAUGUAUUGAUUAUUUUCUUUGGUCAGCAUUGAAACACCAAAAAUCGCUGCUGGAUGAGCUAUCUGUCAUAAAAAAGUUGUAUUUCUAUGAUGAACUCAAAGAUGUGCGAACUUUCGAAAAGAUGUUUGAUCGUUUGAUCAAUGUUUUGGAAUCACGAGAUCGUUUACUUCAAGUUAAAUCUCUGAUGAUUUCGGUUCAUGGACAAGAUCAACUGAUGCAGCUGCUUAAUCAUAUUGACUUGAAGGUGUUGAAACGUCUGGAAGUGUACAGACUGUUGGAAAUAGAAAAAUUAUCGGAUAAUGGUGAUGAUAACAGCGAGUUUGUUUUGGAUCUCGAUAUACUGAAAGAAUGUGAAAAUCUGGAAAAACUUGAUGUGAAAAGCUUCUCCAUUUCCUCUUCAUUCCGUAUGUUUACUCAUAUUCCGAAUCUGGAAGUUAACAUGCAAACAAUCUACUGUGAAGAUCUAUUACUCUUCAAACAAACCAUGUUGAAUUCGGACAUCAAUGCUCACUCGGAAAUUCGAUUCGAACAAUUUCCCGACAAAUCUCGUUUUAUGGAAAAUAUCGGAUUAGUGGAUGAUGGCAGUGAAUCUUUUCAUGUUUUCCCAAGUAAACUCUUUCUAACAUACUGGCCUGCUUCGAAAUGUAUGAAGUUUAACUGGAAACACAUUGCUGUAAAAGGCCCGGAUUACUUGAGUAAAAUGCCCUCAACUGUUAUGCUGGAAAUAUUAAAGCACUGUGACUAUUGGAAAAUUCAUGCUCUGCGAAAUACGUGUCACUACCUCCGUGACUUUAUUGAUGACGUGCAACCAGAUGCAACAAUUGAUUCGAUGAAAAUCUCAGUGGAUAAGGAUUCCAUAUAUUUGAAUUUCGAAACAGGAAGUUUUGUUGUGAAAUAUCAGAAAAGUCAAAGCAUAAUCUGGAAGAAAAAGAGACAAGAUUACGGGGAAAAGUUCUUCCAAGACCUGAAUUAUAUUUUAAGACACCCGAUGCUCACGGUUAAUGAUUUUUCUGUCACUCUAUCCUGCGCUGGAUCUAAUACUGCAUCCAAAUUCUACAGUGAUCUUGAAGCAUUGUUGAAGUCAAGAGUACAACCUCUAUCAGUUCAAAAACUGACUCUACAGGUUUUCUUCGAAGAAGAUGUUAUGUCAGUUCUACCUUAUUUUGAAGCUGGAAAAUUGGAAGCUAUUACUAUUCACCGCGCAUUAUUGUCAGGUCUAAACUUGUCGUUAGACCGGAUUAUCGAAACGGAUCAGUUCAAAAAAGCCAAAGAGAUAGAAAUUCCACAGUUUAUGGUAGAUGUUCAAAUGCAUCACUUCUGUCAUUUCGAAAAAGUCCGUCUUCACUUUUUAACUAUUCGGUUAAGUGAUAUAUUGAUGAUCAAACAGAAAUUCUUCGACUCUAAAACUGCUCAAUUCUUCCAAGUGGAUUUCGAGAAAUUCCCCGAGAUCAGCAGACUCGUUGAAGCUCUUGGACCACCUCACAUGAUGCCUCGUCGCAAUUGUCUAAAGCUUCGAAAAGUGUGCCACGCGUUUCGUGAUUAUAUCGAUUGUGUGAAACCAGACAGUAACUUGAAAGCGAUCAACCUAGAAGUGAGAGCGGAUAUGAUUACUGUAUUACUUUCAACGCCCUCAUCAACCAAAGAUGAUGAGUUCCUUUACAAAGAACAUGAGCUUUUAUGUUUAAUGCAAAGAGGUCCCCGGUAUGCUAUGUUUGAGAAUAACUGUGUCGAUUUAUGUGUUGAUGAUUUCCUUUGGCCAGCAUUGAAACACCAAAAAUCGCUACUGGACGAGCUUUAUGUGACAAGACAAUUGGAGUUCGAUGAAAAUAAUCAAUCUAUUCCACAAACUCCAGGAAAGCUUCUCGUGCCAACAUUUGAAAAAUUAUUUGAUAGUUUGAUAAAUGUUUUGGAGUCGAGAGAUCGAUUACUUAAAGUUGAAAAUCUGAUGAUUUCGUUAACUGGAAAAGAUCAACUAAUGCGGCUGCUUCGUCAUGUUGAUUUGAAAGCAUUAAAACGUCUGCAACUGAUCAGACUGUCAGAAACAGAAACAUAUAUGGACUACCGUCAAGAUAACAGCGAAUACCCUUUGGAUCUCGACAUACUGAAAGAUUGUAAAAAUCUGGAAGAACUUGAUGUGAGACGCUUCUCCAUUUCCUCUCCACUCCGCAUGUUAGCGCAUAUUCCGAAUCUCAAAGUUAACAUGCAAACAAUCUCCUGUGAAGAUCUAUUACUUUUCAAACAAAACCUGGAAAAUUUAAACACUUUUGCUCUCUCGAUAAUCCAAUUUGUACAAUUUCCCGACAAAUCUCGUUUUAUGGAAACUAUCGGAUUGGCGGAUGAUGGCAGCGACUCGUUGCAUGUUUUCCCAAGUAAACUCUAUCUAGCAUAUAAACCUGGUUUGAAACGUUUGAAAUUUAACUGGAAAUACACUUAG